CACACCCUCACCCCAUCUACUCCAAACUUCCUCCCCCCUCUUCACAGCUCCCUUUUUGCAAAAACACACAUUAUCAAUCGAGAAUUCAGGACACGUGGAAGAUGCAUGGUGGUGGGGGUGCCAAGUCAAGAUGUGUGUGCGUCUGUGUGAGCAUGUGCGUGUGUGUGUGUGUGUGCGCAUGCGUGCAUUUGAGGGCAGAGGUAGUGGGAGGAGGUUUAACCACAGAGGCCCCAGGAGUCCUGUACUGAGCCUCCCUCUUUUCUCAUUGGCUGAGGCGGCCUUCCCGUGAGUCUGAGAGCUCGCAAUUGGCCAAGAGGAAUUGGGGAGAAACAUGCACGAGAUAGAGAUGAAGAACGAGCCUUGCCAGGGCUUUCACAGAAGCUUUCACAUGAGCGGAGGGGCUGAGUCGAAUGUUCGGAUUAAUAUGAGGCCACAUGUCGGGGUGGAGGGACUGUAAUAUGGAGGCCUACAGUUAUAGUACUUUAAUUACUCAACUGAUUCAAGAACGUUAGACUCAAAGAAAGAAAAGACAAUGUAAAGGAAAAAAGAAAGAAGGAGCAAAUAACUUAACCCGUCAUUUAAACUGGUUUGAAAGUGCUCAUCACAAGGCUGUUACAUGCACAGUGAUAAUGGGGCUCUGUUUUUUGAUGAGGGGAUGUUUUUAAACAGGAUUCCAGAAUGACAGAUGAUCAAAACUGAAGUGGUCUGGUGAGCAAUACCUCUGCAUUGUUUAAUUUGGCCCUUUUAUAGCCUCAUCCACACACACACACACACACACACACGCACACACACACGCACACUGCUGUGUUCAGUCUUGUGUCCAAACUUGAAUUUUGCAAAGAUGUAGAGAUUCCUAUCUUUAUGUUCUUGGUGCAUUGUAGUGUGUACAAAGUAUUAUUAUUUUUUAAUCUGCAGUAAAUAUAAGACAGAGAAAAGGAAUGAAAGGUUUUCUAAUUUUAAACAGCUGUCAGUGUUUUGAUAUGUGCUGUUAUACGAACACGCAUAUGAACUUCGCUCAUGUAUUUUCUUUUUCUUUUUUUGCCCCUAGGUCUGGCAACGCUCUGGCCAAGCUUUUCAGUCUUAAAGAAAAUGUGUCUCAACUGGCCACAUUGUUGCUCAGUAGUUGACACUCUACAUAUGAGACGGUUGUGAAAUUGUCACUUGCCUUACUAUAUUUAGGCACGGCAAACAGUUUUUCCCUUUGAAAAAAAGAAGAAUUUUAUACAGCCGUAUAAUUCACUGUCAGAAUACGCCAGAACUGGGAAAAUACGGCCACAGUUGCCCUGAGAAACAUAGCCUCUCUGUUUGGGUUUGCUGGAGUUGCGGAGACACAGCUGUAAAUAGCAAAAGGGUGGGGACAUAAAGUUUGGCCUAUAUUUAGAGGUUGGGCUAGACUUGAGAACCUGUCCGGCAACACCAGGUUAUUGACCAGGAAGAGUUUUUCUCAGUUUUUCUAAAUAAUUUCAGUUGUAGGCAGAGAGCCUGGAUGAGGGAGGCGGUCACCACACGUCUGUGUUAAAGGUUUCGUUGGAAUCUUCAAGUUUUGCUGGAAUCUUCAAGUCUCGUUUCGUUUUUGGAGGGGGAGUCAAUGCUCCUAUCGUUGUGCAUCAUGGCUGUCUUGUCCUCCUCCUCCUCCUCCAAUCUCCUGCUCCUUCUCCUCAUGUCUUCCCUGGAUUGGCUGUCCACUCCGGGAUCUGCGUUUUUCAUGGGCCGGCACCGCGUGAUGUCACCAGCUCCCCUCGAGCCUCACAUCACGGAGUGCGUAUCGAGGGACCAGGUGACAUUCCAGUGCUGGUGGAGUCCGGGCAACUUCCACAACCUGUCCUCUCCCGGAGAGCUCAGACUCUUCUACAUUAAGAAAGACUCGCCCGCCAGCGAAUGGAAAGAGUGUCCAGAGUAUGUUCACUCAAAUCGGGAGUGCUUCUUCGAUAUCGCCCACACGUCCAUUUGGAUCCCCUACUGCAUGCAGCUUCGCAGCCAAAACAACAUCACCUAUUACAACGAGGAAGACUGUUUCACCGUGGAGAACAUCGUGCGCCCUGACCCUCCAGGGUCUCUAAACUGGACCCUGCUCAAUAUAAGUCCCUCCGGGCUAAACUAUGAUGUCAUGGUCAACUGGGAGGCCCCGCCCUCUGCAGACGUCGGGGCAGGCUGGAUGCGCAUUGAGUACGAGAUCCAGUACAGAGCGAGAAAUACCACAAAAUGGGAAGCAUUGGAGAUGCAGCCUCAAACCCAGCAGACAAUCUUCGGUCUGCACAUAGGAAAAGAGUACGAAGUGCACAUCCGCUGCAGGAUGCAGGCCUUCACGAAGUUCGGAGAGUUCAGCGACUCCCUCUUCAUUCAAGUCCCCAGCAAAGAGUCUCCUUUCCCGCUGACCCUCGUUCUCGUUUUUGGGAUUGUGGGCAUCCUCUUACUCGCCGUGAUUAUUGUCGCCUCUCAGCAGCACAGAUUGCUGAUGAUUCUGUUGCCUCCGGUUCCUGCACCCAAAAUUAAAGGCAUCGAUCCGGAGCUGUUAAAGAAAGGGAAGCUGGACGAGCUGAAUUUUAUCCUGAGUGAUGGCGGCAUGGGUGGCCUCCCCACCUAUGCAACCGAUUUCUACCAAGACGAGCCAUGUGUGGAGUUCAUCGAGGUGGCUGUGGAGGAUCCGGACACUGGGGAGAAGGAGGACACCCAGGGCUCGGACACCCAGAAGCUUCUGGAGCUGUCCCAACCCGUCAGCCAGCACAUGAACAUCGGGUUCUCCAAUGUCGUCAGCUUCCCUGAUGACGACUCCGGCCGGGCCAGCUGUUAUGACCCUGACCUGGACACCCUGUUGCUGAUGGCCAGCCUGCUGCCGGGCCAACCCGAGGACGGGGAAGCCUCCUUCGAUGUCGUGAAAAGGGCCCCGGCGCCAGAGAGAGGCGCGGGGCCCCUCGUCCACACCCGAACCGGAGGGCCCCAGACGUGGGUCAACACGGACUUCUACGCCCAAGUCAGCAACGUGAUGCCCACCGGGGGCGUGGUGCUGUCGCCCGGCCAGCAACUCAGAAUCCAAGAGAGCACCUCUGGCACCGCAGAGGAGGAGACACGAAAGAAGGAGAAGGAACCGAAAGGCGGCGAGGACGGCGAGGAAGAGAAGGACAAGGAGCUGCAGUUUCAGCUGCUGCUGGUGGACCGCGAGGGGGGCGGCGGCGCCGCCGAGGGCAACGCCUGGCAGGUCGGCGUUCCCCAGAGCUCCCCAAUGCCGGGCGACGGUUACACCAUACACCCUCAGCCGGCGGACACCAAGCCUGCGGCCACGGCGGCGGACAACCCAUCCCCUUACAUUCUUCCUGACUCUCCCCAAUCGCAGUUCUUUGCCCGGGUUGCGGACUACACGGUGGUGCAGGAAGUGGACAGUCAGCACAGUCUGCUCCUCAACCCGCCUCCCCUCCAGUCUCCACCCCCCUGCCUGCCACAGCACCCACUCAAAGCCCUACCCGCCAUGCCAGUGGGGUACGUCACCCCAGACCUGCUGGGGAACCUCUCUCCGUGAAAAUGAUGAACGCCAUUGGGCCUUUUUUGGGUGUAAGAAUGAUUGACCGGGACGUCCGCUGCGAUCACGAGAGCCGGUUUCUACCUGAUUCCUGCUGGAAACCAAAUAUCUCCUUUUGCCCACAGCGUGGAUGAUUGAAUUCAGGUGUCGUUGUUUUUUUCAGAGGGUGCCGAUUGAGCGAUGGGGAAAAAAAGCGACGGCAAUUAAUUUGGUGCAAAAGCAAACGCCACAAACCAAAUACGCACUUUGCUCCAUUCGUCUGACACGCGCCGAUAAAAGGCCGAGACGGCGAGUGCGUCAAGUAAUCAGAAGCAUCUGCUCACAGCGGAACUGGAUCGAGUUACACCUCUCGAGUCUUAAUCCGACGGACAGAUGUGUCAGUGUGUGAUUUAUCAGGAGGAGACGAGCACAUUCGAGCCGUGUUCUUUUUUCUUUUUUCAACGCACCGAGAAGAACCUCUCGUCGGCAGAGAUGCUUCGCUGCUCAAUUGUGGCUUAUUUUGUUUUCUUAUCUCGUCAUCUUGUCAGUAGUUAAAGGAGAAACCCGCCCUAAAGUACAGUGGGGGGGGGAAAAAAGAACUAAAAACACUUCUAUGCAGUUCUACCUUGCAUUCCUGGCUUCAUUUUGUUGAAUUAACGCUGUUCAUGUUUCCAUGACGACUUGGCCAGACCUAGAUUAUAUGAUGUCAAGAUAUUUGCCUCUAUUUUUCGACAGCCACGAUAGAAAAACUACUUUCAACAACAACAACAAAAACCAUAUAGUAUAAAUGCCCGUUGCUAUCACGAGGACGGCGACUGGAACAAGUUGAAAGACUGUGAAAGAAUGUCAAAGCUGUAGUAAGAGAACAUUUUAUACGUAUUAUCUACCGAGUACGCGGCUUAACAACCUGUGCCUAUUAAUCGCGUUAUUAGCUUACCAUUCAUGUGCUAUGGCGUGCUUACGUAAUUGGGAUUUAUGCAUUCAUGCCUUAUUGUACUGUGUGUGGGUGAAUCGGUGUGAAGCCUCGACUAAACGAAAAAACCUGCACGUGCACUAACACAGCACACACACACACACACACACACGCACACACAAACUGCAUAAAAAACAUUUGCCUUCAUUGUUAUUUCAUUUUCAAUCCCUGACAUGGUCACAAACACGCUGAGCAUGGGCGAAAGGCCACUGAACCGCAAUUUGCUCAUUUCUUACCACGCUCGUAAAAAAAACUUGACCGCAAUUUCCAAAACGAAAUUGUUGAUCAGGGCUGGUGGUGAGCGACUUUGAGUUCCACAUUCUACAUCGAUAGAGCGACAAAUGCAUCGAUGGAAAGUGAGUGUUUUUUGCCACAAAGCCUGUAAUAUGUGUGUGAUGAUAUAUCGGAGGAGUUUUCGGUUCUCCUUGUGUAGGUUAUCAUGCUCACCAUCCGACCGCCAGACAGCGGUUGCCCCAAUGUUUUUCGCGAUGGAACAAAAACAAACGAAUUCCCACCACGGCGACUCUCUGAAUGAGUUCGGAUUGUUUUUGAAUAACGUGAAGGCAGACGCAUCACGUCGCAACAAAACAUUCUUCACAGCGCAAAAAGGAAGAGCCCUGUGAGUCCUGGAUUCAUCCUUGAGAUAAGCAGGCUGAGCAGAUAGUAAAAGGUCUUUUGACGGACAAUAAUGAAGAGAGACAAGGCAAGAGCCAUUAAAAUGACUUUAAAACCAACAACAACAAAACUGUGAACGUUAUAGAUAUGUGCCAUUUCUCUCUUCCUCUCCCUCUGUCGGUUCCAUUGUUGCUGCCUUGUGUUGAGGAUACUAGCAAGUCAUCCUGUUGUAGAAAUGUCUUAAUAUAUUCUCUUGUGCUGUAAAAUUACGAAUAUAUGUACACAUAUAUGUAUAUAUAUAUAGAGAAAUAUAUAUAUAAAUACACUACCGUUCAAAAGUUUGGGGUCACUUAGAAAUGUCUUUAUUUUUCAAAGAAAAGCACUGUUUUUUCAAUAAAGAUAACAUUAAUCAAAAAUACACACUAUACAUUGUUAAUGUGGUAAAUGACUAUUCUAGGUGGAAACGUCUGGUUUCUAAUGAAAUAUCUCCAUAGGUGUAGAGAGGCCCAUUUCCAUCAACUAUCACUCCAGUGUUCUAAUGGUACAUUGUGUUUGCUAAUCGCCUUAGAAGACUAAUAUCUGAUUAGAAAACCCUUGUGCAAUUAUGUUAGCACAGCUGAAAACAGUUAUGCUGGUGAUAUAAGCUAUACAACUGGCCUUCCUUUGAGCUUGAAGUUUGAAGAACAACAUUAAUACUUCAAAUAUUAAUCAUUAUUUCUAACCUUGUCAAUGUCUUGACUAUAUUUUCUAUUAAAUUUUCAAUUCAUUUGAUAAAUAAAAGUGAGUUUUCAUGGAAGACACGAAAUUGUCUGGAUGACCCCAAACUUAAGAAUAUAUGUACACAUAUAUAUAUAUAUAUAUAAAUAAAUAAAUUGAAAUAUAUGUAAAAUUAAGAAUACAUGUGUAUAGAUAUAUAUAUUUUUAUAUAUAUUUAUAUAUAUAUAUGUGUGUGUAUGUAUUCUUAAUUUCAAUAUCAUUAUUGAUACUAAUCCCAAUAUAUUGCUGCUCGGUACAUAUAUCACUUUGUCCUCAGAGAGUUUGGUGAUAAAAUCCUCCAAAUUGGAUGAUGCUGGUAUCUGAUUAUGGUCCGCUGCCUGGAAGAAAUGGGAAGGGGUGAAUUGGUUUCGGUUAUCUGUCUGAUGAUCAGUAGCAACAGCGGGGCAGUUUUCCCCCAAAGUCAAGAUAUAAUAAAUAAUAUAUGAAAUACAGUCCGCCCUCAAGAUGCUCAUGCCACUUUCAGUAUUGACACCCGUCCAGAGAUCCCCCGCAAGAUUCUCUGUGGACAUGAAGGAAGAUCAGAUAAUGGGUGGGUAUAAAAAGCACAGCUAAGGUUCGGUUUCAGUUGCACCGUGGUGAUCGUGAAUGUGUGCCAACUGGAAUAUGCAAUGCAAUCAAGACAUUGAGGACAUAUUUGUAAAAACAAGAAAAAAAGUUACAUCACUGAAAGAUUGUUUUAUUUUUGUUCAAGGAAGAAAGAAAAUAAAUUGGGAGGUGUUUUUCUUUUCUUUUUUCUCCUUCAAGCUUACUGUACAGGUGUUUUUGACAUUGUGUCUGCGAAUGUGUUUGUCAGUACGCAAUGGGCUCUUUCUUAACCCAGUGUAAAAGUUUGCAACUGUAAUUUUAAGCUUAUAAAUGUUACAGACACUUUAGAGCAAGCACUUUGUCCACAAACACACACACACAUAUAUAUAUAUAUAUAAAGAUAUAUGAUGUUAAAAUAGUAUUUAGAUUUUUCUAUUUUGGACUGAAUCAAGUUUACGACUUACCUGUUUUUUUAAAACAGCAUUAUCUUGUUUUGUUUUGUUAUUCAGCACAAUAAUCAGACAAUGAGAAACCUUCAAUAAGCUUUGUGUCCGUCAGAGUUAAUGGGACAUAUUUUACACUACCAGAUUGAUUAAAUGAUGUACUGUAAUGGAGUAUUUAAUGUAUGCUAUGAGUUAUGGAUACAUAGAGUAGAUAGAUAUAGCAUUUUUAUGAAGUCAUAUCAAAAUAUAGGCAGAGUAAAACAGUUACAUUGUAAGGUUACACUAUUGCAGAUGUCCAACUUUGUGAUUUCACCAUUUCAUUAUUAUCAAAGUGCAUUUGAAGGGGCGACAGUGUUUUAUUUUGGCCUCCAAGCUUCUUUUUGCUUUUUUCUAUAUUCAAGGUUGGCUUUUGUCACUCUGUGAACGCCUGGAAGUAAUCUUGAGUGCUGGAAUUUGUGCUGGUUGUAUCUCUUUAUCGUGGAGCAUUCGGCCAGGCAUUUUUCAGGUCGUUGGCGAAAUAGUUUAAUUUUCGACUUGAGUGCAGCGCCUGGCUUUUUUUUUUUUUAACGACAAUGUUCAGUGGCUCCGCUUUGUGUUUCUACCCAUGUGUUAUUUAUUGUCAUGCUUAGCGCCCUCAGAUCACCCCAUCACCUCAUUUGACCGCAGCCAAUGGGGCAGCUUGAGUAAUGUGUGCACUGUUAUUCUCCAACGUGUGUCAUCCAGGCUCAUAAAACUGGAAAUAUUCUCCUUGUCAGAGUUUUGGAAAACAACUGCAUUGCGGUCGCGAGUGUGGGAAAACUCAGCACCAUAAUUUAGCAGCUUGCAUCGGCCUCAUUAAUUGCCCCAUAUUGUCAGACCCCGCUGACCUUGGAGCCACUGUCCUUGUCCGUUGGCUCGAGGCCGAGUGUUGAUCUCUGGGGAUUUAUAUUCUCUCCUGUCACCUGUUGAGCCUUCCUGGUGUUGUAUGUGUGAGCUUUUAACGAGUUACACAAUAAAUGUAUAUACAGCAUCUUAAUCAUCUUGUGUAUGGUAUUUCUUUUUGUCAUCAGUUGAACUAAAACAAAUAAUAAAAGCAAACAUUUAAACUGG